AUGUCCGAGAACAAUGUUCGGCCGAUGACGUACGAUGAGAAACGGCAGCUGAGUAUUGACAUAAAUAAGUUACCAGGCGAGAAACUCGGCGGAGUUGUGCAAAUUAUUCAGCAGCGUGAGCCUUCCCAUCGGAAUUGCAACCCUGAUGAAAUAGAAAUAGACUUCGAAACACCUCAGCAUACUACUUUACGAGAACUAGAAAAGUAUUUGAAGUUAGUUCUGCAGGAAGCGAAAUCAAGAUGUCGCAAGUACGUGAAAAACGGUCCCAAUACCGCCAAUCGGGGUAAAUCGAGAGAAGGGUGUAUGAAGGAGAAGACGGAGGAGAUUGAAAGUCGACUUCGCGAAAUGCGGGGCCCUCCUUCCAGUGCUUCCGGUUUCCACAAUUCACAUCGUAACAAAAAGCAACACAGCUCCAAUAGAUUGAGUGCAUCGUCCCCAAGUGGGAGUGAUUCGGAGAGCACCUCAGACUCAAGUGAGUCUGAUUCGUCUGAUUCGAAAUCCGAUAGUGAGUCAUGA